UUGUAUCAGAAGUGGUGUAGCCACGAUGGCGGUCAGAUUGUGGCUGUGUGUAGCUUUAGUGACUCAUGUGUUGGUCGUAGUUUUAUGUAAUGAAGAACCUGACACCACAGUACCAGACACUACAGUGACAGCUACGGACGCAACCGAGUCAACAUCAACACCAUCAUUUGCAAACCCCAUCACUUCGAAAAUCCACAAAAAAGUGAAAUGUCGUAAAAUAAAAAAAUGUCCGAAGAACGAAGAGUUUUCGAUAUGUCCUCAAUCACUUCAAAGAGCUCAAUACUGUUCUGAAAAGGGACAAUCCUGCAGGCAGCAGACGGUAGAUCAACAGUUUUGCAAGAGAGGGUGUGUCUGCCAGAAAGGUUUCUUGAGGGCAGAUAAUGGCACUUGUGUCAAGGAAGAAGAAUGUCCAACCACAUGUGGGCCCAAUGAAAUACAAGACAACUGUCCAGCGAACUGUGAGUCCAACUACUGCCCAACCAGUAGCAGUAGCGACAGUGCACUGUGCACCACUCCUGAUGUGUGCCCUCCUCCAGUCUGCAAAUGCCGCUUCAACUACCGCCGUGCCAUCAAUGGGACCUGUAUACCUACUAGAAGCUGCCCACCAUUUGACUGUAGUUCAAAACCAAACGAAGAGUUCGUCAGCUGUCCUCCACUCUGCCCUACUGAUGAUUGCAGUCAAGCCUCACCCAGUGGCGAAUGUCCUCCACUCUUCGGAAACAUAGGAAUUGUGUUACCAUGCAGUCCUAAAUGUAGAUGCAUCAAGGGAUACUGGAGACUCAAUGGAACUUGUGUACCUUAUGGCCAGUGUCCUGGAGUUUGUCCCAAAAACGAAAGAUACUCCGAAUGCAUACAAGGCGAAUGCCGAGCUUUGAAUUGUACUCAACAAGGCAAGUCAAUAUCAUGCCCACGAAUAAGACCAGAGUUUUGCAAAAAGGGAUGUGUUUGCGAAGAAGGGUAUUUGAGAAACAAAAAUGGCACUUGUGUGAAGGAAAACCAAUGUGAACCCCCAACUUGUCCAGCAAACGAACUUUGGUCUACAUGUGCCCAAGCCACUUGUAGAGCUGAAGACUGUUCUCAAAGAGGUAAACCUGUCGCCUGCCCAAGAGUUAAAGAAGAAUUUUGUAUCAAAAAAUGUGUUUGCGUAAAAGGUUUCCUGCGAAAUGAAAAAGGAGAUUGCGUGCCAGAAAACCAGUGUCCCCCUCCAACCUGCAGUGAAAACGAACAGCUGGAAAACUGCUCACUGUCCUGCAACACAGAUUAUUGCCCACGCUCAGAAGAUGAGAACCAAAUAUGUUCAAAGUCAGAAACUUGCAUUCCUAGAUGUAGAUGCCAGUUCAACUACCGACGAGCUGAGAAUGGAACUUGUAUCCCAACCGAAAGUUGUCCUCCUUUCGACUGCAGUUCCCGCCCUAACGAGAAAUACAACCCUUGUCCACCCAUCUGUCCAACUGACGACUGUGGUCAACCCAGACUUAAGGGACAAUGCCCGUACAGAAUAGGCAUUCGCCUCAUAUGCAACCCUAAGUGCGAGUGCUUAGAUGGAUACGGCAGAGUCAACGGCACAUGUGUACCUUUUGAAGAAUGUCCUGAUCUCUGUCCCAAAAAUGAGGAGUACUCUCCAUGCACACAAAGAACAUGUCGACCAGAGAAUUGCAAGGAUCGGAACUCCACAAUGGAGGAAUGUUCUACAAUGGUUGAUGAAUUUUGUGAGCGAGGCUGCGUAUGCAAAGAGAACUAUUACAGAAAUGAUGAAGGAGACUGUGUUCCUUCUGAAGAAUGUGAAGAUAACGUGGAUGACAGUGAAGAAGAUAAAGAGGACAUUGUAGAAGAGCCGUCUUGUCCAAAGAAUGAAGAAUAUGUGUCAUGUAUUCAAGGAGUUUGCAGAGCUAUGAAUUGUGGGCAGAAAGACGAAGAUGUGCCUUGCCCUGAAAUUCCUGAUGAAAAAUGUGAUAGUGGUUGUAUUUGUAAGGAAAAUUAUUUGAGAGCAGAAAAUGGUACUUGUGUUCCUAAGGAUAGUUGUGAAGCGGUAUCUUGUCCAGAAAAUGAGCAAUUCUCAACGUGUUCUCAAGCUGUAUGUAGAGCACUGGAUUGUAAGGAAAGAGGUAGACCUGUAGCUUGCCCGAUGAUCCUCGAAGGUUCUUGUAUAAAGGAAUGCAUCUGUAAAUCCGGUUACCUUCGAACUGAAAGCGGUGAAUGUGUACCUGAAGAAAAGUGUCCAGCUCCGACCUGUGUUGAAAACGAAGUACUACAAAACUGCUCUCAAUAUUGCACUUCCGAUUACUGCCCAUACUCAGCGGAUCAGGAGCAGGAAUGCUACCCACCUUUUCCUCCAGGCUCUUGUGUACCAGAGUGUAAAUGCAGGUUUAAUUACAGAAGAAGCGAUAAUGGAACCUGUAUACCAACUAGGAGUUGCCCUCCCUUCGACUGUAGUGACAGGCCUAACGAAGAGUACCACCCUUGCCCUCCCCUCUGUCCAUCCGACGCUUGUGGCAAACCCAGGCUCACUGGUCGCUGUCCAUUCAAUAUCAAAGUAGUCCUAAACUGUCAGCCAAAAUGCCAAUGUAAGGACGGAUACGGCAGGGUCAAUGGAACCUGCGUGCCAUUUGAAGAAUGUCCUGAUCUCUGCCCCGCCAAUGAGGAGUACUCUUCAUGCACACAAAGGAUAUGUCGACCACAGAACUGUUCCAACCGUAACACUACCAUGGAAAACUGCUCAACUUGUGAUGAUAAUAAAUGUCAGCGAGGAUGUGUCUGCAAGGAGAACUAUUAUAGGAAUGAUAAAGGAGUCUGUGUGGCUUCUGAGGAAUGUGUAGAUAAAGAGGAAGAUAGUGACAAGGACAAAAAAGAUACUUGUACGGGCCCCAAUGAACGCUACACGACAGAAUUCAAAAGCUGCCCUCCUAACACCUGCGUAUCACUAGUAGCCAAGUUCAAAUGUGACUCCACGGAGCAACCGAAGCCGGGCUGCAUUUGUGACUCUGGUUAUUUAAGACAAAACUUGACAUCACCAUGUAUACCAAUAUGUGAGUGCCCAGAAAUGGCUAGCUCACCUGAUUGUCAAAAAUAAACUUUUGUUACUUAUUUAUUAAAGUGUUCUGUUUUUAUUUUA